AUGGAGACCCACCGACGGGGGAAUGCCUUCCUGGUAAUUGCUGCCCUCCUGCUCUUGAUCGCUGGAUCAGCGUCUUGUGCGGCUUCUAAGGAUGCCUUGGGCAUAGCUCCUCAAGGUACGGCUCUAUUCCGCAUACUACAGGUCGAGUAAUUCGUUCUUGUCCUCGUCCGUGGUACUGAGAAAGGAAUUCGUUCUUCUGUAAUGCCUGGGGUGCAAGACGUGGAUUACUACAGGUCGAAUGUGAUCAAAUGCAAGGACGGAUCGAGUAAGUUCACUAAGGAGCAACUGAACGACGAGUUCUGCGACUGUCCGGAUGGCACCGACGAGCCAGGCCUGUCGCAACCUCCCUAAUGAAUUUCCCGUUUCAUCGAGAAUUCUUCCAUGAAUUGAUAUUUUUAUUUCAAAUUACUUAUUACGAGUUUGCCUCCUUCACGGGGAAUGCACGGCGGUGUUUAUGCGUAAACAUCUGUUUUUCCAGUUUAUUGGGAUGUGCUCACUUGGUUAAAAUCGAUUGCGUCUUUCAGGGACAUCCGCGUGCCCAGAAGGGAGGUUCUAUUGCCAGAACAAAGGUCACACGCCCUUAAUCAUUUUCUCUUCCCGAGUGAAUGACGGCAUUUGUGGUACGCAUUUCGAUCCGUUUUUUUGUUCGCUUUCAUUUACUGUCUUCAAAUGUCUCUAAACAUGCUUAUAGUUGACCUGGAGCUGCUUUUGCAGUUCCGGACAUAUCAUCGCUUAUCUGUGGUUCGGAGUAGAAUACUACAAUUUCUCAUCACUUUUAGUUUGAUUUCUGCCUUAAUAUUAUCAGAACAAACAAUGUCCGCUAUCAAGGUAGAUAAUAGUUACUUCCUCUCUGCUUCGACUGAAUGUCUCUUUGCUUCUCCCAUCUUCUUUGAAUCAUGUUAAAAUGAGAACGUGCAAAACUCAUCUCAAGCUAAUCUCUGGCAUUAGUUGCUGACAGCCCUCGCUGGCUGGCCAGGUACAUGAAAUGCAUUUUAUUGGAGUUUUCUGACAAGGGUGGCGCGGGAAAUUGAGCUUUACUUCUUUAUAGGAGGCUUAUUGCUUCAAUAGCUCGUUAAAACUUUGUGAUCUGUCUUGACAAAAAGAAUACAUUCUCCUAGUAAAUCAUCAUGAGUCUGGGUUCUCAUUCAGCCAAUGCAUGACCAAUUACUUUGGUACAAAGUGUAUUUUUUGCCCACAUAAGAUGGAAUUUACGUAAUGGUAACGAAAAUGUUAAUUUUCACGGUUCUUAUGCUCAGAUUGUUGUGACGGAAGCGAUGAGUAUGGUGGUAAAGUGAAGUGUACGAACACGUGUUGGGAAGCUGGUAAAGUGGCAAGGGAAAAAUUGACAAAGAAGAUAGCUACAUACCAGGAGGGUAUUGCACUGCGGAAGAUUGAAGUGGAGAAGGCAAAGAAAGCAUUUGAGCAUGAUGAAGCUGAGUUGACAAAGCUGAAGACCGAGGGAAAAAUUCUCAAAGGGCUUGUUGAAAGGCUUAAAGGUGUUUCAUCGUCCCCUGCUCAUUCUUACUUUGUAGACUGAACAUACGUGGCAUUCUAAAUGGGUAUAUGAUAAUAUAGUCCUGAGAUCACGCAUUCAACCUACCAUGGUUAAUGUGGGUACCAUCCAAUUGAGUUUUGAUUUGUUUGGGGUAGUAUAUACGUUGGCACAUGCACACAUACUCGCUAGAACCUAUUGUUUUUUUCUACAGGAGGCAUACUUCAUGUAUCAUAAAUAGAUAUAAAUUAUUAUAUAUGUUUAUCUCUGUAUGCGCGUUUUGCUAUCCAUUUUAUUUUCCCCUGAUUUCUAACCUCUUAAUAUGGAUAUUCAUUCAUCUAUUAUCAAAAUUCAGGCUCCUUUUAUGAUUUCUAUUCGUCAUUUUGCUUAGUCAUUGUGGUAGCUAUACAACAUGUAUUUUAGGCAACAUUUUCAGUUAUUCAAAAUCAGCUUGAAAAAACCUGAAACAAUCUGAACUUUGCUAGGAAUGUUUCGUUUCUUUCUCCAAGAACACAUGAACUUAUUGCACGAUACUGACCAAUCCAAUCCUAAAUGGACCCAUGGUUUGUGACUUUAUGCAUAUUCAUUUAAUUGUGUUGAGCCCGAAUAAAUGUUGGCACUUGAAUCAAAUUAUGGGCAAUUAACUUAGACACGUGUAACAACACGAUAAUCCCUGUCCGUGACCCUCAUAAGAAUUAAAUUUUAUAGGUACUGCUCAUCAUUAAUCAUUCUUGGAUAUUGGUUUUGGAUUUUGCAUCAUCAAUGGACACACAAAACACGGUUCAGAAUUAGGAACUAGCCACUCUCUGUUAAUGGAAGAAUAAAUUGUUGUGCCAUAUUUUACAAUGCCAAAUGAAGACUGUGGAACAAGCUUGGGCACAUGGAUAAAUGGUUAGAUUUGUAUCAUCUGUCGAAUCCUUCUUGUUUUUAGAAUCACACUAAAAUUUCCAGUUGGUGCUUCUUUUUGCUCCAGAAGUGAAUUGGCAUCCCACAGAGGAAUUUAUGAUCUUUAUUUUUCUGAUAAAGAUGUGUAUUCGUCUGGGUGUUGCUCCAUAUAAUUUCUACUCUAUAUCAGUACCUAAGGCUUUUUAGGUGUUUCUCCAUCCUCCCUCCAAUCUGAGAUUAUCUAUACUUUUGUGCAAAUGUCAUGUUUGGUGUGUUUCCUGGUUGUUACGUUGAAAAAGUAGCUAAACCUUUUGUCAAUUUCGAUGCCCUGUAGUUUAACGCAGUUGGCUUGUUUGAUGUCUUCAAAUGACAGCACAUCCGAAAGUCUUUUCCAUUAGAUUUUGGAUAUCCUACCUGGCAUAUGUGUAGAGAAUUCAAGUCUUAAAAGGAUGACCUAAAUGUUGAACCAUGUGGCCCAUUUCUUUCUUUUCCUGAAAAGGGAGCAAUGUAACCGAGACAUGAAGACCUGAAUAACAUCUUAAGGACGGAAAUCGUGACCUGUGGGGUUCUAUUAGACAACCUUAACAUGGGAAAUAUGUGAACAGGUAUUCUUGUGGUGUCCUGACGGUCAUUUCCUUUCUAUGUGGCUGUCAAAAGUGACUCAAAUCCCUGGGUGAGUACAACUGGCAGGCCUUGGAACUGCUAAUGUGUCUGUCCGUUUCACUAUUUGGAAUGAGCUUUGGAAGAGUAUUUUGGGAACCGCUUUUCUCUCUUCGGUCUUUGACAAAGCUGAGAUCAUUUCUGAAGUCCUAAAAGUUCUGAUAAAUUUGAGCAUGUCAUUUAUGCUUAUAAAAAUUACUCUGCAUUUAUAAUUUAUAUAUUCAUUAAGAUUAUUAUUAAAUUUAAAACAUGAUGUAUUUCAUGGACUAAUCCUUGUUAAAGUGUGCUGUCGAUUAAGAUCUAAGGAUCUUUAAAAUUGAGCAUGGUAACCGUUCCUAUACCUUGGUCCGAAGGCAACUAAAGUUUAAUUUGGCUCUGUUGGUCUUGGCUCUCAUGUUGGUUCAAGGGAAUAGGGCCCACCAUUUUUUAGUGGGUGUUAACUUGAUCUUAUUAAAUCUGGGUUUGAGCUGAGUCUGUUUCAACCUCUGCCUUAGAAGGAGCUGGAUGAGAGAGGCUUCUGUGAGUACUUUUCUGAUCCACCAUUCGUUUUUUUGAGAUGCCUAAGAUCAUUAUGGGUAGAAUAUUUGACCUAUUGCAACCACAGUGUUUGUACUUGUGGCUGCAUUGAGGGUAAGAAAGCUUGAUCAAAUUAGUGGAAGCUUUCCUCUGGGUUCUUGAUCUAUCUCUAAUUUCUUUGUGUAACAAGGUUAGAUAGUGGAUGAGACAUUUUGAAGGAAGGACAAGAGGAUGCUAUUUGGGUUUCAUGAAUGGUCUGCACAGUCUUGUAAUAGGUAACUUUUUGAGAGGAGAACACGUAUGUAUAUCUCUCUCUCUCUUUCUGUUCUUUAACGAAUUCAUGGUGCUUCCCUCUUUUAUUUAUGUGUUCUCUUCUCAUCAAAUUUUAGCCUGACACGGUGCUCUCUGGUUAUUAUGUGCUGCUUCUCACGUGUCUUAUUUAAUCUUGAUCCUGUUUAACUCUACAUCAUGAAAUCUAUUCUUUCCUCUUCAUAUUGCCAAGAAGAAAUACUCCUCUCUUUUGUUUAAAUGCAUGAUCCUUCAUGGCAGGAGAAGUUUCAUCUCCUCGUUGCCGAUUGGUUCCUUGCCUCCUAUUCUGUUUCAUCCUAGCAUCACAUAUUGACUGAAUGACUAGACUAUAAAAUUGGUCUGGAAACUUAUGGCAAAGAUGAUAGUAUUCAUUUAAAAAAAUUGAAUUCUGGUCGGUUAAUUAUUUCCUGUCCUUGUAGAGCACAAGGAACAAAUUGAAAAGGCUGAGGAGCAAGAGCGCCUUAAAAGGGAGAAAGAAGAGGAAGCGUUGAAAGAUUCUGAAAAGACGGUCAUCAAGGACGAUGAGAAUGAAGCUGAUCCGGUUUGUCUAAUUCACAGUUUCAACUGUCUCUAUUACCUUUACAUUUACAAAAUUCAGUAUGCUCAUCUUAUCAUACUAAUCAUAAUUCAGUAUGCAUAUUUACUAUUCAUUAUUAAAUGCAAAAAAACCUUAGAAAAGGUAGAUUUAUAGUAUCUAACUAUAAUUAAUUUUAAGGUUAAUUAAUGCAGGGUCACCCUAAAUCAUGUUUAAUCCUUAAUCUUUAACAAAUUAUUACUUGUGCCUGCAUAUGGUCAGUCCUCUAGUGUUUUCCUACAUCAGCCCGUCUUAGAACGCUGUAUUCCACCCGAAAUGGUAAUCUAGCUAGAACGUUGGGACUGAGACAGUCUGAUUCCAUUUUUAUAGUUUCUUUAAAAUUCGAUCACUAAUGAUGCCCAGAUUAAGUUUUGCAUCUGGGGACAAGCAAUCCUGAAUCGAGUUUGUCCCAGGCUUCAUUUACUAAUCAUUACACACACACGCAUGCACAAAUAUAAAUGGUCACAUGUCUAUGUGAAUGUGUGUGUGCAGUCGGUGUGGAUGCAUUCACAUGUUUUGUUCUAAGUGAACCACCAUAUCUAGAGAUAAAAUGAUUUGCUGCAAGUAGCUUUUCACAAUUCGCCAAAUUUAUAUCCUUACUAAAAUAACCAUGUGACACAAAAUUGCAGAUCUUUAUUGCUCCUGAGAUCUUUCUCAUUCAAAGGCUUGUAACAGAUUCUGGAUUUUUAUCCUCGAAUAAUUUUUAUCUUCUUUUUGACAAUUGUGCCACAUUGACACAACGCCAACUAGAAUGAUUGCUUAGUUAGGUCAGAGGAGGUAAGAUGCAUUCCCAAAGCCAAAAGUAGAUGGCUACAUAUUCCUCAAAAGCCUAUCAUAUGUGAUGAAGGUAGUCUCAUCAGUGAUACAUGGAUUUCCCACUUGUGUGCCCGGAUAGCACCGUGGAUAUGAAUCUGCAGACAAUAUUUAAAUGGCAUGCUGUCAAGGACUUGUGCGCCUGGUCCUGACAAACGUAGAUACUUUUCUGUAGUAGAUCAGGUGCUCUUCUUCUCUUCACAACGAUCUGUGCUAUCAGUUUGGUGCCAUGUUUUGGCACAGCUUUCUCAAGCUGUUAAGGGCUUAAUCGGAUUGGUUGAAACUAACCAUCUGAAUAAAAUGAAACUUUGAUCUUUUGGUUUACUUCAGCUUUUUUUUGUUGUUUCCGCCCAGUGUUUUCCUUAACGAUGAGGUUACCCAAGGCAAAUCUAGCCCGGACCAAUCCGUAUUGAAUGGGCUUGGGUAGUAGGAAAUGAGCCUUUACUUCUGCAUCAUGUGUGUCAAAUUUGUUAAUUUUAUUCUCUCAAGUGGUUGAGCUUGGAAAAACUUAAUUCCAAGCCCUGGGGACCAGAAUAGCAUGUUAAAAUGUGAAUCACAAUAUUAUAUGGUACACAAUCCUAAAAUAUAUUUCAUCCUCUUUUGUGAAUAAAAACUCAUGUUUUACACAAACGAUAGUUCGUCAAAUGCUAUUGUUGCAUUUACUGUCUUCGGCAUGAAAGAAAAAAAAACUACUAAAUUGCAACGGCCAGAUGUUCUCAAAACGGGCUUGGACCUGGUAUUCUUGGAAUGUGAUUUUUGUCUUUGCAGGUGGAACCCAAGCAUUGAUCAUUGGCAUACCUAGUGUUCUUCAAAUUUUAGUCUAUUUAUUGUUGCUGAUUUUUCCUUUACCGUUGUGUUAGGAUGCUUCAAAAGGUAGUCCUAAAUCAACAUCCGAUGAUGAAAGUGUCCCUGCUGUCACGAAUGAGACACCUGCUGGACAUCAUGAAGAACAGGCAACUGAAAUCUUUGUGAUAUUCAUUUCUGGCUUUAAUAUUAUUUUUGCAUCUGUUAGUAAUAUCGGUCUUUGUGCUAUAUCUCUAGCAUUUGGAAGAAGACAAGGACAAUCAUGCUGACAAAACUAAAAACACUGAAGAUGAUAAGAGUACCGAGGCUUCAACUAGUGUGGAGGAACAGGUAUUAGGAACCUUCUUGUAUUUUUGUUCCUCAUCUUCUAUAUUAAUGGUAGAUAUGGAGAAUCAAUUACUCAGAUAGUCCCAUCAUGGCCUCGCUAUAUUUACUUUAAUAUGCAGUUGUGUUUUGCCUAGUUUCCCCUCAUGGUUUGUCUGCCUUUUGUUCUAUCUUGGAGUAAUAUCUUUUCGUAAAUAAACAAUAAAUUCUUGUAUGGAGUCAUGAAAGAGUGAGAGUUUUCAUGAUUUCUGAAUCUAAUGAAAAGUUUUCCGCAGUGGCAUCAUUGAUCUGUGGAUGAAUUUCUCUUCAUGCCUCGAUCCUUCCUAAAGUAGUGAGAAUUGAAGAUUUAUGGACUAAAUAAUAGUUCAUGCAAAUAAGAAUAUUCUCAAUAAAAUCAGAGACAGAUUUUUACUGUUGAGGGGAACCUUCAUGCAAAUAAUUCAUUGCAGGUAGCAGACAAGUUCCCAGGUCUGAAAGCUAGCAGUGAACAAAGAAAUGAAUAUGUUACAGAUGUCAACUUCAUGUGCAUAGCAUGAAUUUAUAGUUUCAACCGAUCGACGUUUACUAAUCUAUCUGAUUGUUGUUUAUUCUGGCGAUCCUUUGCUUGAAUGGCUGGGGAUUACCUUUUUCUAGACUACCAGUCUAAUGGACAGUAUUGUGGCAUAAAGCCAGUAAAAUCCCUUAUAUGUCCUCACCACACUUUUGAAAGAAAGAGUGACACAUGGUCAUUUAUACAAGAUUGUUAGGGUUUCUGUUGAAAUUACGACUGGAGGUGACAGUUUGAUGGCUUUUCAUGACUUCAACUGACAGAAGAUGAUCUAUGCGAUAAUUUCAACACAAUUUAUUCAUAAGUGGAUAUAAAUUUGUUUAAUAUCCUAGAAUCAUGACAGUGGAGGUAUCUUGGCCUUGGUGAUAUUUUGUCACUGAGAAAUGUAUGUGACUUUAGUUAGUUCAUUCUUCCAUGGCUGUGUGGGUAUGCUGGGGUGAAGGGCAAGGGCAGGGUUUCAUAUGUAUGAAGCGUUCUGUCUUGUAUUCAUGCUCUCCUACUACAACGUCAUUUUUUGACUUUUGUAUAAAUUGUUGAGUUUCAUCUUGUCCCAUAUAAUUUUUUACAUUAUCUUCAUCAACAUCCAGUCCAGGUCUUCAUCAUGAUUAGAAAAAAUCAUGCUUUCCUCCUACUUUUUGUGGCAAUCAAUUUAUCUUACUUUUAACCAAAAUUUAAAACUCGGUAGUUUCAUUUGUGACUUGUAAUCACAUAAAUAUGCUAUUAUGGCUGUUUUUUUGGCGCUAGAAUUCUUUGCUUUGCGUCAACUUCUCCUGAGUCUUUUUCUCAUCAAUUAUUUUCGUUUGCAGAAACAAGAAGACCCUGGCAAUACAGGACUAUCAAAAGAAGAGUUGGGCCGUCUUGUAGCUUCCCGUUGGACAGGGGAGAAAACUAAAGAAACAAACGAGGAUGAAACAGAAAAACAAGAAAUUCGGAAAGAAAAUGCAGGAGCCUCUGAGAAUAAUGACGAAAAUAAUCAUGGUUACACUUCAGAAUCAGAAGAAAGUAGUCGAAAAUACAAUGAUGACGACGAUGAUGAUGAAGCUGAACAUGGCCACUCAGAUGAUGAAUAUGAAGAUGAUGUGGAGCCAAGUAAUGCGUAUCACCCCGAGCCAGAAGAUGACGUGGAUGUUUCAGGUGGAUGAUCUGCCAAAUAUACGUAUUUUUCUUCUCAAAAUAUUUUAAACCUAUGGAUAGGUAAACGUGUACUUCUUAUAUUUUUUAGAUUUCACUGAAUCAAGCAGCCCAUCGUGGUUGGAUAAGAUUCAGCAAACCGUCCAAAGCAUUCUACUGAGGAUUAACUUAUUUAAGAGUCCAGUUGACAUAUCAGGUAGAGUGUAUAUACAGUGCUUACUUAAGAUGACUUAUUUCAAAGCAUAAGACUGGCUUUCUUCACGUUUUGGCUGUACAGAAGCUGGACGUGUUCGGAAAGAAUAUGAUGAAUCAAGCUCUAAAUUAUCCAAGAUACAGUCAAGAAUAUCCAAACUGACUGGAAAAUUGAAAUACGACUUUGGUAAGGAUUUCAUUAGAAGUUUUGUAAUUUUCCAGUCUUUUUUCUGCUUUUUCUAGGGGAUCGGUGGAGGAGAUGGAAACCAGAUGAGAAUAAUAACUAUGAAAAGUAAAAUUGUGGUUAGCUCAUGCAAUGCUGUCAUUGGUCGUCUAGAUGGAGGUAGAAUAUUUCAGACAUCAUGUGAUACAUUUUUGCUACAGUGGAAAUGGAGUUAUUUUAAAUUUGCACUUUUUUCAGUAGAUUUUAUGCUAUAAAUUGGUUCAAUAUAUUUUCGUUCAACCUCAGCUUGUAAGAAAAACGAUAUAAGCCAGUAGAUAGGUUGAUCAGGGUCGUGUUCUGUUGUUGGAUGGCGGUUGAGAAAUGAUUAUGCCUCUUCGUGGGAAAAGUUUCUGUGUUAUUUUAUGCAGUAUAAUAUGCUAAAGAGAUUAUCCCAUUAUUACAUACGUUUUAUUCUGACCGCUAAAUUUUUACUCUUUUGAUGCUAGGUGGGGAUAAGGAGUUCUAUUUGUUCUAUGAUAAUUGCUUUGAGAUGAAGCAAGACAAGUACAACAUUCAUUAUGUGUCAUUUCCCUUGUUUUUUGGUUUGAAUCCUACUGCAUUUGUUUGUGUUUUAUUUAUCUUAUAUUCCUUGCCCAUUUUUCGUUCUAGGUAUGUGUACAAGGUGUGCCCUUUUAAAGAUGCCUCCCAAGUUGAGGGAUACAGUACGACACGUCUGGGGUAUGUUUUUUCUCUUAAAAAAAAAGAGAAGGGAAAUCAUUUAUAUUUUACAGGUGCUUCCUUGCAACAAGUCUUGACCAGUAACUCUCUGUUAUGGUCCAUAAACACUGUUGUUUAGCAGCAUAAUCGAUGAACUUUCAAAUCCACAUCAUGCCAGUGCUUUAGUUCAUUGAUAUGGAAAGCCAGGAGAAAGGCGUUGGACCCCGAACUGGAAAUCGAGAAUAAACUUUACAAAUUUCUGAUAAAGUUGCCGUCCUAGACAGUAUUAUAAUUGGGAUGAUUUGGAAUAGUAUCUCUGCAUACAAGUAAUGAGACAGAUAUUAAAGGUUGGACGCUGUACAGUGAUGUCUAUUUUGCUUACUACAGAUUUAUGGCGAAAUUGGUGCGGGGUCUUUGCAAGAACAUUGUUCCUUUGUAUUAAGAUCAUUAUGAAAUCUGUUUUGAUUUGACUGAAAUAAUCGUAUUAGCAGCAAACCCUGACGGUAUAGUCACAAAUAAUCUUGCUGUAAUCGGCUGCACCGUUAACAAUAGCAAAAAUACAGCAGCUAAUUUUGGUACGACUGACAGAAUGUUGGUGGUCAGCAAUUUUCUGUUUUUCGUGCAAACAUUUGAGGUAGCAAGUUUUUCAACCAAGUUCCUGUCUGAUCUCAAGCUGCUGGAGUUUUGAGAUCACACAUCCUUCUCCCCAAGUUUAUAUAGUUUUUUUUAAAUGUGUGUAAAAGAAGGAACGAGACAAUUUUGCCACAUGAAAUCUUGAUCCUCCCCAGUUCAAUAAUCCGCAGAAGAAAAAAUUGAGCAUGAUUCCACCAACAUACGUAUUUUGGUGUUCUCUAUUGUCUGUCUUCCUUUACACUCCAGAUUCACUUUGGUCCUUUUGAUAACCUAGCAAAGUUUUCGGUGAGAGUUGACAAUUUCCUGGGACAUCUGCCGAAGAUAAUGGCAACUACUAUGGAUGUUCCUGGGACAUCUUCCGAUGAUUGUUAAGAAUUUCUAUGAAAGUUAUUUUCUCUGGAUUUUUUUUUAUCUCGGUACACACGUGGAAAACUAGUUGUAAUGAUGUUUUGACUAGUCAGUUGAGGUUUCAGUGGUUCUCUUGAAUUCACGUCUCUACAAUGUGAUAUCUUCUCUGUUUAUUCUUCUUUUAACGCCUUCUAAGUAGAGUUUUAUGCGCGCGUUACAAAUCUCAGGAGCUGGGACAAGUUUGACGACUCAUACAGGCUAAUGCUGUUCUCCAACGGAGACAAAUGCUGGAAUGGACCUGAUAGAAGCUUAAAGGUUCGAUAUCUUGUUCUUAACAGAUCCUGUAGAGUCAGCCCUCUGUUGAAUUUCACAUUGACCAUCGUUGACUUCGCCCAACAGGUCAGGCUGAGGUGUGGAUUGAAAAAUGAGGUCAUACACGUGGAUGAGCCAAGCAGAUGCGAGUAAGAUCUCCUGGUCCUGUUCGUCAGCUCCUCUCCCUCUGCAGCCAGCUACAAGUUCUCAUUGACAAGAUCUAAUCUUGCAGAUACUCUGCGGUUCUGUCGACUCCCCUCCUCUGCCUAGAAGAAAAACUGAAGGUACCCUUCUACUGCCUACAUUUCUCUUAGCCACCCAGCUCCCUGAAGUACAGUUUGACUAAGUGAAGUAAACCGUCUUAUAUCAUUUCCCAGGAUCUCCAAAACAAGCUAAAGCUGAUGAACUCAGGCGAGGCUCUGCCUCACGACGAGCUUUGA